AUGUAUAUUCAAGAGUAUUUUGAGAUGGAAGGUAUUUUGCUAGAGUACGAUAAGAUUGAAGAAAAUCCUGGUCUAAGACUGUUAGCCAAAAUAAUGCUGAACUCGUUCUGGGGGAAAUUUGGCCAAUGUCCAAACUUGACACAAACAAGCUUUAUUGACGACCCGGUUCAGUUCAUAGAUAUGAUGAACUCUGAUAAGCAAGAAAUUAAAAAUGUACGUUUCAUAAACGAAGAAGAAGUCCAAUUAGACUCGGCAUAUAAUAACGAUUUUAUAGAAGCUUCCUGUAGGACCAAUGUAGUUGUGGCCGCUUACACAACUGCUCAAGCCCGAUUAAAACUAUACAGUUAUUUGCAACCAUUAGGUGACAGGGUUCUUUAUUGUGAUACCGAUUCUGUUGUGUUCACCUCUGCCCAGGGUGAGUGGGAUCCUCCUUUAGGUGACUUCCUUGGGGAUUUGACGGAUGAAGUCCCAUACAAUCAAAUAACUAAAUUUGUGACCGGAGGACCCAAGAACUACGCAUUUUGUCUAGCGAGACCAAACAAAAAGGGCCAGUCUUCCAUUUGUAAACGACAUGGUAUAGAAUAUAGUGGGAAGAAUGUUCAAGUCGUACAUCACAUGAUCAGCAUGAUUAGUUUGGACACAGAAAGGCGAACUGAUAGUGGAGAGCAAUAUUUAGAAAAUAUUGCUUCAACCUUAUCAGCCUCGAAGAAAUUUCCAACACGCAAAAAGUCUGAUAGGAGAGAAUCGCUACGCUACGCUACGCUAGAGAAUAAAAUUGUAAAGUGA